AAUACAUAUUUAUUUCAAGUAAAUAGUCAUGAAAGGUCUUUUUCCAAAGAUAAUUUUCAACUAGCAUUUGUAUCGCUGGCAUAAACAAAAUUACUUUCUGGUGUUUGAAGACAAAACGCAUUCACUCCCAUGCAUUCACUUGUGAAAUGCACUUCAGAUUUCCCCCCAAACAAAACAACCCAGUUAUUUAUUCCUACUACAUUCAAUGCUGAUGUUAGUUAAAUCUCAUACUCGGUACGGAUAAGUGGGCAUAUUAAUAGUUUCCGCCGAUAUCUGGCAUCCGAGACCUGCCAAAUAGCGGAGGAGAAAACCUGCCAAAUUGGCUCAGCCUGCCGUAUCCACGGCAGCGUUGGCGUUGGCAGCACUCCCGGAGAUUAACACGGUCUCCAUCCCAGAGAGAGGACCCCGGAAGUCCUCCCAGCUCCAUGAAAAGCCGUCCUCGAGGUCAACUUCCACCGCCCCACAAGCGGCGCUGGCAGGGGAUGGUGGGAGCAGCCGUCCGACCAUCUGGCGAACAACUAAGAAGCGGCGCUUUCCCGGGAGCGCUGUCCGCCGCCCGCCCAUUCGUAUCCGGGUCUCAAACUGUGUGGGCGGCCCUUGAGCGUUUCUCCGCCGCCGUCUCUCCGCAGGCUCAGGUGCGGAAGCGGGGAAGGAGGAGGCGGCGGCGGCGGGAGCGCAAGUAGCAACGGCAAGCCGGAUCGGAGCGCCUGAUAUCCUCUCCUUUAAAUCGGUCUGUUGACGUGAAGAUUUGUAUUAAGUCAAACCUGUCCUACUACUGCUCCAAGAAACAGCAGGCAUGUCCCACUUUGAAAACAAAAGGCUACUAUUUGGCUUAAUGGCAGGAGCUGCAGGAGUAACCUUUGUCCUGUGUUGGUAUCUCAAGACGCAGAAACGCAGCAAAGGUAUGCAUUUGCCUGUAUUUCCAAAUUCAGCCAGCGGUUUUGAUUUAAUAGAUUUUCCAUAUGAAACUCACCAAGAGGAAAAGACAGUUUUGCUGUUACAAGGAAGACAGCUUCAGAUACUGGAGAAAUUGAAUGGCUUGGUGGUAAGUGUGGAAGAACUUAAAAGAGAAUUGACGUUUCUGAAAGAAGCUAUUCCAAAGUUGGAUGAACUUGUUCGAGAUGAACUUCAAGGAAAAACAGAAAGUCGCAGAACCAGCCCUUCCCAUAGGUCCGCAAAGAAGAGAAAGACUGAGGCAGCAGCUCAAGGCGUAUCUGAUGCCACCAGUUCUGAAGAGACGGAAAGUGAAGGCGGUUACAUGACAGCUCAUACUGAUACUGAAGGAGAAUCUGAGGAAGAAAAGGGAUGGAUCAAUUCCUCUGUAUCUUCUUUGACCCCAGAAGAAAAAAUAGACUUAUCUAAUCUUCUGCAGGAGGUGGACAGAAUGCAUGGUGGCUCGGAACAUGAGAAAAGAGAAAGCUUUAAACUAUUGCUUGAAAGAGAAGAAGAGUAUCGAAACCAUCCUGGCUUUCUUUGGAGACUUGUCCGAGCUUAUGGAGACAUGUUUGACUUAACUACAGAUGCUGAGGAGAAAAAGAAUUAUGCUGCUGAAGGAAAACUUGUUGGAGAGCAUGCAAUUCACUUGGAUCCAUCAAGUGCUGAGAGUCAUCAGUGGUUUGCAAUGAUGUGUGGCUACAUGUCUCAGUUUGAAACUAUACAAAACAAAAUCAGGAAUGGCUAUCUUUUUAAGGAACAUCUUGACCAAGCAAUUGCCCUUAAACCACAAGAUCCCCUUUUAUAUUAUCUAACUGGAAGGUGGUGUUAUGAAGUCGCUCAGUUGUCUUGGAUUGAGAAAAAAGUAGCCGCUGCUCUUUUCGGGACUCCGCCAACUUCGACAAUACACGAGGCUUUGCAGAAUUUCCUGAAGGCUGAAGAAAUACAUCCCAGAUAUUCUAAAUGCAACUAUGUGUAUUUGGCAAAGUGCUACAAAGAUCUGGGCCAGAGGAGCAAUGCUCUGAGUUGCUGUGAAACAGCAUCGUCCAUUCUGCCAGUCACCAAAGAGGAUCAAGAAGCUGAGAAAGUUUUAGAAAAUUUACUUCCAUCCUUAAAGCUUUGACGAUGACACGAACACCAUUUGGGUUCUAU